AUGUACAACAUUCAUACAAACGGACAUUAUUCCACAGGAGUGCCAACCCCUGUCAGAUACAGGUGUCGCUGCCAUCUAGGAAGGAGGAAAAGGAUUAUCCCUUUUAUUGCGAACCUGUACUCUGCAUAUGACCAAGAAGUCAACAUUCCGUUGGAGAAGAUUCAUUUAGAAGUGAGCAUUAGAGAUGGAAUGUCUUUUACCAAUUUUAUCCAAGUUUACAAAAAUACUACCAAGAAUCCGAUCGAAUGUGUUUACAAAUUCCCUCGUGAUGAAGAAUAUCUCGUAUCUGGAUUUACAAUCAAGAGUGGGGAUAAGGUCAUUCGCACUGAUAUUAUGAAGAAGAAGCAGGCUGAUGAGAAAUACGAUGAUGCUGUUGCCUCCGGAAAUACGUCGGUAAAAGCAAACUUACAAGAUGAAAAUCUUGACCUGGUUGAUAUUAAUGUUGGAUAUAUCCCUCCCCAACAAGAGAUAGAGGUAGUAGUUCACAUUGUGCACAAGCUAGAGUCGCUCCAGAAUGGCUUCUACGCUUACAUCUUUCCAUAUGAACUUAUUCCUGGUGCUAGGAAGUAUGCAAGAAUGACAAAAAGCGAUGCAAAAGUAUGUGCAAAAUUCAAUUGGGAAAUUACAAUGAAUUUUAUGAUCCAGUCUCUCCACGAAAUCAGCAGUGUUAUAGCCUCCCAUCAGAUGAAAACAGAGCUUAGUGAGGAUAAGAAGGUAGCUAAAGCUAUGCUGAGCAGUAAGACGUCAGAGCUCGAUUCAAACAUCAUGAUAUCUUACUCUACAGAUGGGAUUAGGCUCCCAACCAUCAGCUUAUUUUCUGAUCAGAAAAUUAAAAAUGAAGUUGCUGCUCAUAUAACUUUCAUCCCUAGACUGAGCGAAGAGCUUAAAGAGACAGCUGAUCCUGCUGAAGAAUCUAAAGAGGAGAGCAAAGAAAGUUCUGCUUGAGAAGAACAGGACGAGACUAAUGAAAUUGCGAAAGGAGAAUACAUCUUCCUGCUUGACAGAAGUGCCUCUAUGGGAGGCCCAAGACUUCAAGCUGCUAAAAGAUCAUUAGAGCUAUUCAUUAGAAGUAUCCCUCUCGGUUCAAAAUUUAAUGUCGUCUCUUUUGGAGGAACAGGAUACCAUUACAAAUUUUUCGAAGAAAGCGCGGAUUUUGAGGAAGCCAACGUCAAAACAUUACUUGACUCGAUGGAUGAAUUCAAGGCAAACAUGGGAGGAACAAAUAUAUACGAUCCUCUUAAAGCAAUCUUUGAUGAAAAGAGAGACUCCAAAAAUGAAUACACCAGGCACCUUUUCCUUCUCACGGAUGGGGGAGUGGAGAACACUGAUGAUGUUAUUGAGUUGAUCAGAAGCAAUAACCUUAAUACCAGAGUUCAUACAUUUGGAAUUGGAUAUUCAGCUUCUCCAAGAUUAAUUUUUGAAGGAGCAGCAGCUGGAUUAGGAUGUUCUGAACAUUCCUCAGAAUUCGACCAGAAACUAAAUUCAAAAGUUAUUAAAACUCUUCGUAAAGCUGCCAAGCCAGCAUACACCCAGAUGAAGAUUGAUUGGGGAAAGAACAACUCUGCAGUAAAGUACUUCCUCUCCGACACUGUUACCCAAAAUUACUAUGAAGAAGAGCCUCUACAUCUAAAUGUUAUUUUCGAUCAGAAAAAGUUGGUUGAAGCCGACAUAAAACUAACUUUCUAUAACACUCUAACAUCAAAAGAGGAUACCUUUAUUAUCCCAAUAGACCCAAAAUCAGUCGAAGAAGACUCUAAAAUCGGCAGAUCCACCUUCCAAUCCGCCGCUAAAGAAUACAUCGACCUUCUCACACUCCAAAACACCCAAAACAAAUCCAAAAAAUCUCAAGAACUCAUCAACUCAGAAACCACAAAACUAGCUCUAAAAUACUCUCUUUUAACCAAAACCACUGCUUUCUUCGGUAAAAUCAAGACCAAAUCUAAAUCAGGGGAAGAAAUGAAGUCUGUGGUCAUCCCGGCUCCUUUCUCACAGACAGACCUGCACAAAGCUGGCACUAAAAGUCAAAAAUUAAGAUUAAUCAAUAAAUACUAUCCUCCUGAUUUCUCAAAAUCUUUGAUUGACAAAAAUGCUGUGAACAUGAGAAAGCCAAGAGGUACAAAAUCAAGAACAAGGGCAAAAGUUAGAACCGCAAGUAAAUCAAAGAUGAAAUGCUGCAAAAAGAUGAGUACUCUGGAAGCAUCACUUGGAGAAAUGAAAAAUCAAAAAAGAAAAAGAGAGGAAACUAUUACAAAAUCAUUAGCUGAAAGCGAUAAAUUUGAUUAUACACAGUUGGUAGAACACCAAAAUAUUUUCGGAGUAUUUACUGACUUACCAGACCAAUUCAAACCACUCUUAUCCUCAAAAACACUGAAAAAUAUACCCAACUCAUCUCCAGAGGUCCUAGCAACACUAAUCGCCUUGGCUAUCCUUAAAUCCCAAUGCUCAAAGACCAAAUUCGAAUGGCAGAUGCUUGCUCACAAAGCUAUGAACUUCCUAAAGCAGCAAGGAGUCUCAGAACCCUCCAAAAUAAUAACUCAAUUAAUCUCCGAAAUCUAA